AUCCCGCACCCGCACCCGCUCGCCGAAACCCUAGCCGCCGCCGCCGCCCCCUCCCCGUCCCCUCCACCAAGAUCGCACCAACCACCCUGAUGGCCGUCGCCGCACGCCGCGGCGCUCCUGGACGCCCUCCCCCUUCUCCCCCAGAUCCCCCUUCUCCAUCGCCGCCUCCCCCUUCUCCCCCACAUCCAAUCGCCCUCGUCCCCCUCGUCCACCGGCCCCUUCCUCCCGUCACCACACCUCGCCGCCGGCCUCACUCCCCCCUCCUCUUCUCCGCCCCACCCCACUCCCUCCACGUACAGCGUCCACAGAGCCAGAACCGCCGUUCAUGGCCUCGCCCACGCCCUCCUUCUCUCGCACCUCACCUUCGCCGCAUACCUGCUGCAGCCCACCCCCAUCCUCAUCGUCUCCCCAAACCCUAGCCCCGCCCCGCGGCUCCUCGUCGUCCUCAUCUCCCCCGACUCCCUCGCUCUCCUCCCCUCCCCCCUGCAGCAGUCCCGCGCGCCCAUCCGCAUCUACCUCCACCCGUUGAGCAGCAGCAGGUCAGGCGGCGGCCAGAUCCGCCGCGUUGCUUCCGGAUCCGCGCCCUCGUCACGCGCGCUCGACACCAUGGAACUCGUCAACAAGGUCUUCUCUCGCCCUCUUCUCUUCUCCUUUCGAUUCGAUCUGGAUGUUGCUCACACAUGCCCGAUUUGUUUUUCUUCCUCACACAUGUCGUCGUCAAGCCCUCGAUCUGGCUGCGACCUCCAGCGCGCUCGCGCGGCUGAUGGGCAUAGGCUGGUCCAUGCACGCUGGUGAUGGCGGCUCACCAAGGUUGCCGUCGUCGCCUGGACGCACGAGGCACCCGACGACCUCCUCCAUCGCCAACCACCAGCACCCGUCUGGAGGAUUUGCGUUCUAUCCCCUCCCCCACAUGAACGACCUCCUGCCUGCAACCAUGACACGCACGGGAGAGCUCAGCUCGCCUUCAUGGGCGCCCUCUUGCUGGCCACCAUUAAGGCGCAUCAGUAGCAGAGGACCGGGCACGAGCUGCAGUACAGGUCUUGUACACGAGGAGGCCCUUGUGGUCGCUGCUGGAGGGCUGGAGCUUGGCGGCAGCCUGGCGGAUGAAGGGGGCCUGGACUAAAUUUAUUUCUGCAACAGGAUGAUAGCUUAAAUUUUGUGAUAAUUUUGGAAUAGCUCCAGCACCUACUGUUAAUUUUGCACAUAAAGCUUGAGUAAUUUUGCACAUGAAGCUUCAGUAUUUUAGCAGAUGAAGCUUUUGCUACUGUUAUUCUUGUCAUGAAUCUUCCACCAUUUUUCAGUAGCUUAAAUUUGACUUGGUGUAGUAAUCUUGGUGCUUAGGGCUGCUUAUAUCUCAUGCUAAUUGUUGCAUGAUUAGUUUCAGUAGUUUUAUAACAGCAGCAGUAGCACAAAUUUAAUUGAAUUCAAUAAAAAUUUCCAGAUUCUCUUCUUGAUCUGUAAUAUUCAAUUAAAAUUACGAAGGGUUUCAGUUUAAUUAAAACUAAUGGAAACCUUUUCGGUUAAUCAUGUUGUUUACUAUAGUAAUAGAGUAAGUAAUUUAGUGUAGAGGCUUGCUGUUAGUAGAAGAGUAAGUAAUUAAUUCCAGUUGUUUACUAUUAACGCGUAGAGGCUUGCUGUUAGUAGUAGAGUAAGUAAUUCAACUUUCUUGAUUCACUGCAAGUUGGAUGGAGGAUGUUGCUGUGGCACUUGUAUAUUAAUGUUGCUACAGAGUUAACAGAAACAAGUUAGAUGAUUGUUGAUUCUUGAUUGUGUGAACAUUAUAACACUCGUAUAUUAAUGUUGCUGUGACACUCGUAUAUUAUUGUUUUCUUGAUUCUUGAUUCACAGAUUCUCUGCAAUUACCUAAAUGAUUGUUGUGUUUCACAAUUCAGUGUCAAAAUCAACGGACAUUGAAGUUAUAUUUCAUAUUUGGAUUCUUGUUAACAAAAACAAGUUACAUCAAAUGGCAUUGUGAAGCUUUCAGUAAAACUGUCAAGCAACUUAUUGUUCUAAUAGUAAUUUAGGAAUAACAAGUGACUGAUUUAAACAAUUUCGUAACCUCAUUAGUAGUAUAAUAAAUAGAAAGUGCCAAGUAUAGUAGCAUACCCAGAUUAUGUGAACUCCUGCAUAACAGCGGCAGUCUCUCGGACAAGCUGGGUCACCGGGAUGGUUUCCUGCAUUUGGAAAUGAAUAUUAAUCAGGAAACAUAUAUUUGCUAGGGAUGAAAUUGUAGUCCCAAUCUUUGAUUCAUUGCAAAUUGCAGUUCCAAUCUCUGAUUCACUGCGACCUUCAGGAUGCAUUUACUUAUUGCAAGUGAAGCAUCCUAUAUUAUUCUCAUUGCAGUGUACACAGUCUGCUCGCACGAAAUCUGUUUUGUUUCAUGCAAGAAGUCAAGAACUAUCAUCCAGCUUGAAUUUUUGGGGAUCAUUGUUCACACCUUACAAUUGCUUUGCAGGAUAACAUUCACCCUGACUGUGUAGCACUGCAGUAUGGCUACGGUGACUGGCCUGUGCCUCAGGCUUAAGUUGAUGCAAAACCUGCGCGACUUGGUGAGGCUGAGGCCAUCACUGAGGCUGGAUACAUGCAUGUGGACACAGCCACGGCCACAGCUCUCCGGAAACCAAGACGGCGACAACGUCGACGGGAUCCUCGGACAACCUGCGUCCUUCUGCCUGUGUCCUUCCCCUACCACGCCCACGACCUGCAUCCAGCUGCUCCUGCCUCGGCCCUCCUCAACUUGGCUCCUGGUGAGCUGCUAUAUUUUGCGUAAAUUCAAGAUGAAAGAGGUUCAAAGAAGCUCCAAGACAUUCUUAUAUAGCAAGUUAUGUAAUAAUAGCUGGAUUAUCUCGGCAUUGUGAACUCUAGAAUUUCAUGUAUCUUCUCUCUGUAUCUGAAUGAAAUGUUGUAUAUUUCAGAUUUACAAUUUCUGUUUCAUAUGAAAUAGUAAUUAUGCAUGUGA